GGUUAAUAAAUAUUUAGGGAAUUUGGAAGAACUCCUUAUACUUCUGCGCAAUCCCACAUUGUUCGAACAUUCACUCCUGUCGCCAAUAACCGCGGAUACCCACGAAUCUAGGUCGCACGUGUUUGGAUGUUUAUGGUGACCAAUUUGAAGGUCCCGGGAUUAGCGCUUAGUGUCACCCGUUUACGUCACUACUUUCGAAACAUGGACGCGAAGGAGCUGCAGCCACCUGCUGCGGUGCGCGGGAUGCAGGAGCUUCGAAGAGACGAGUUCCGGAAGAGCGUCCAAGUGCCCCGAUUACGGGUGCCCGAAGCCCAAGUACAACGAGUUAUGCCGCUGGUCAAGCGGUUUCUGCUAAAAAUGGAGCACCUGCACCCGGUCCGAGCGGUAGACCAGUCCCGCGAAAUCUUGCUGCACCCGACUCCAAUUAAGGACUGGGAGUGCCUCCCCACGGAGGAUCUGCAAGAGCAGCAGGUCACCGCAGAGAAUUUCUCCUUUAGCGAGCUCGAGCUGGGCUACGAGAACUGGAGUGCCAACGAGAUCCUGAAGAGCGUGCUGCCUGCGGAAGAGGAGGGACUCACCUCUUACUCCCGCAUCGGCCACAUUGCCCAUCUUAAUCUCCGGGAGCACCUACUGCCCUACAAGCAGCUAAUAGGCCAAGUGCUCCGCGAUAAGCUGCCCAACUGCCGCACGGUGGUCAACAAGGCCGCCUCCAUAGACAACACCUACCGCAACUUCCAGCUAGAGCUGAUCUGUGGCGACGCUGAUUACCAGGUGGAGACCAAGGAGAACGGCGUUCCCUUCGAGUUCGACUUCUCUAAAGUGUACUGGAAUCCACGACUCUCGACGGAGCACGAAAGGAUUGUCAAGAUGCUGCGAUCGGGAGAUGUUCUCUACGACGUAUUUGCUGGCGUCGGACCUUUUAGUGUUCCCGCGGCCAAGAAGCGCUGCCACGUUCUGGCCAACGACCUCAAUCCCGUCAGCUUCCACUGGCUGCAGCACAACGCCAAGCGGAACAAGUGCCUUUCCCAAAUAAAAAUGUUCAACCAGGACGGGAGGCAGUUCAUAGUCGAUGAGGUGCGCGAGGAUUUGCUAAAGCGUCUGCUGACCACAGAUACUACCUCCUACGCCAUACACAUAACUAUGAAUUUACCAGCCAUGGCCGUGGAGUUUCUAGACGCUUUUCGAGGUCUCUACAAGCCGGAGGAACUGGCCGAGUUGCCUCAAAGGGUUUCCUACCCCAUCGUCCAUGUCUACUCCUUUGCCAAGGGCGACAACACCAAGGAGUUGGUGAGGCAACUGGUGGAGAGCAAUCUGGGGGCCAGUCUCGACGAGGACCUGCUGGAGGGAAUCAGCUUUGUCAGGAACGUGGCCCCCAACAAGGACAUGUACAGGGUGUCGUUUAGGCUAACCCAGCACCUGCUAACCACCCCGAAGGAGAUCGAAGGCUCGAGAAAGCGUUGUGCGUCGGAGGAGCCGCUGGCAGCCAGCAAAGUGAAAUGUGUUUGAUACUCUUACAAUAGAUGCAAUAAAGUUGUGACUGUCAAACCUAAAAAA